CCAUCCGGACUCUUCCAGAGAGAGAGAAAGAGGCGAAAAAUAAACGCAGAAUUUCCGAGUCCCCGAUGCCGCCCAUCUCCCUCCUCCCCCUCCUCCUCCUCCUCCUCGCCGGCGCCGCGGCGGCGGCGGAGCCCCCGACCCCUACCCCACCGCCUCCCGCGGCGAAGAACAAGACCAUCUACGAGCUCCUCCCGCUCUUCGGCCUCCCGGCGGGCGUCUUCCCGGCCAACGUCACCGCCUUCUCGCUCGCCGGCAACGGCAGCCUCGCCGUGGACCUCGCGGGGCCCUGCUACGUCCACUUCGAGUACCUCACCUACUUCGAGCCCCGCGUCACGGGCGUGCUCCGCUACGGCUCCCUCACCGAGCUCGAGGGCGUGCAGGUCCGCCGCUUCCUCGUCUGGUUCAGCGUCGUCCGCGUCAAGGUCGACCUGCCCCCGCCCCCGCGCUUCGUCUACCUCGACAUCGGCUGGAUCACCCGCAAGCUCCCCGCCGCCGACUUCCAGUCCGUCCACGCCUGCGAGGCCGGCAAGCGGCGGAGGAGGUGCCGCCUCUCCUCCGCGCUCGCCGCCGCCGCCGCCUGGUUCCAGGACUUCUUUGCCCAAUUUUAGAGGAUGCAGAAGGUCUAAUUUUGUGGCAGCAUCACACGAGGUAAAUGCAGAAUUUUACUCUCUGUUUCCGUGCCCUUUAGUACAACCAUGUAGAUGUUCCAAUCAUCCCUGUUGAUACACUUUGAUUUCCGUGGAUCGUCUUCUGUGAGGCACAUGUAGUUUGGGGGUAUGCAUGUGGCUAUGGAUCUAUUGCUAUGACUGAAGAGACAUUUUUAAAGUGAACAAAAAUUAUAUUUGAGAGGCAUAUGUUUUGUAUUUGCUGUUUCAAACUACAGAGAACCUUGCAGAUUUC